GAGAGCGCGAGGAGAGCAGAGCGCGAGGAGAGGGGCCGCCGUCGCGCAUGCGCCGUUAUUGUUUUGACUGAAAAUGCCGUCGGUUUCGAAAACGGCGGCGAGCGCUUCUCCUCAAACCGAGAAACCAACCCACUAUACAUAUUUGAAGGAGUUCAGGACCGAGCAGUGCCCGCUGUUUUUGCAGCACAAAUGCACACAGCAUAGACCCUUUACCUGUUUUCACUGGCAUUUUCUAAACCAGCGAAGACGGCGACCGAUUAGGAGGAGAGACGGGACUUUUAAUUACAGCCCCGACGUCUACUGCACGAAGUACGACGAAACAACAGGCAUAUGUCCAGAUGGAGACGACUGCCCAUACCUGCACCGGACCACUGGUGAUACAGAACGCAAGUACCACUUGCGCUAUUAUAAGACUGGCACCUGCAUCCAUGAAACAGAUGCCCGGGGGCACUGUGUAAAAAAUGGUCUUCAUUGCGCCUUUGCUCAUGGGCCUCACGACCUCCGGCCUCCAGUCUAUGACAUCAGAGAGAUACAAGCACAAGAAGCUUUGCAGAAUGGCCAGUUAGGUUCUGGAGAAGGAAUCCCGGACCUGCAGCCAGGGGUUCUGGCCAGUCAGGCCAUGAUUGAGAAGACUCUUAUUGAAGAUCCUCGAUGGCAGGACACCAAUUUUGUUUUGGCCAACUAUAAAACAGAGCAAUGCACCAAGCCCCCUCGCCUAUGCAGACAAGGUUACGCCUGUCCCCAUUACCAUAAUAGUCGAGAUAGAAGACGGAAUCCCCGCAAGUUCAAAUACAGGUCAACUCCGUGCCCGAGUGUAAAGCAUGGUGAUGAAUGGGGAGAGCCAUCAAAGUGUGAGAGUGGAGACAGCUGUCAGUAUUGCCACUCACGCACCGAGCAGCAGUUUCACCCCGAGAUAUACAAGUCUACAAAAUGCAAUGACAUGAAACAAACUGGAUACUGUCCCAGGGGGCCAUUCUGUGCUUUUGCACACGUUGAAAGAAUUCCUUCUACCGAGGAGACCAUGAGCACUCUGCUGACAGCAAUGCAGUCAGGCUCUCAGGCUAAGCUGGGCUCUCAACAAUAUCCCGAGUGUACCAGCAGUGACUGGAGCAGCAACAGCAAUUCCAUCACCAGCAGCACGAGCAACAACGGGCAGACGGCGAGCGUGUCAUGCUCUAAUAGUCCAACUGUAACGUCAAGCUCAGGAAGCACCAGUUCAUUGUCCCCAAUUGGACCCAUCGGCAGGCCCAAAAGCUUUACUAAUGGUAGCUUAUGUUCAGAGUCCACCACGUCCACUGUUUCGUCUCCGACUCCUAACUAUCCCAAAGCUCCGGGCUUUGAACGGGAGGACCAGGCGAAGAACCAGAAAGGACAGUGUGGGGAAAAUAAUCAGAAGAUAUCUGACCAAGAAAAGCAGAGCCACAGCAGCAUAUUUUCUGUGGUGAACCCACUGGCUUCCAGCAUAACAUCGAGCAUCACGUCCAGCUUAGCCUCAAGCAUUGGCUCAGACAGCUCCUCUCCCACUACACUAUCAACUAUGAAUGCAAAAGCUACCCCUUUCUAUCCAGGAAGCAAUACAGUCGAGUCAGUAAUAGGAUCUGCCCUGGACCUAAACUUUAAUGACAUCAGCGUAGCCUCCCUCGAUAAAGACCUAGAGGACCAAGACAAUAAUGGCUUUGGGAUAACAAGUCAGAGGUUAUUAGGAGGCUCAGAUCCUGUCAACAUUCCUGGCUCUCUGGCACGGUGUUCAUCUCUGCAUUCCUCCUCCUCUCUGUCCGCCUCUCCCCUCAGCUCUCUGUCCCAGUCAUUGUCUCAGUCAUUGCUCAGUGGAAUGGCUUCUCAGCAGAGCCAGACACAGGGCUUGCCAAUCAAAACGGAGCACAGCCUCCUAGGGACGCCUACGUCUACUCAAAACUCUUUAGGGUUGAACGGAGGAGCUGGAGGCAUUUGGGACUUUAUGAGUGGCAGUCUCUCGCCAAGUCCAUCUCCGGUGUUCAGCUCAAGUAUGGUCAGCUCCAGCAGUGCAGAUCUGGCCCGACUCCUCCGCGAUCUGGACGAGGCCAAGAAGAAGAUCAAGCAGUGGGAGGAUGCCUGGCACCAGGUCAAACAGGCAUGUGAAGCGUGGCAGAAAGAUGCGAAAGAGGCGAAAGAGCAGGCGAAGGUAGCCGAGGGAGAGCGGCAGCUGGCCGAGCAGAAGCGCAAGGACUCCGAGCUCAAGCUCAAAGAGCUGCAAGGAGACUUUGACACGCUGUGUCGUUCACCCAGCACGCCUCUGCUGCACAGCUACGGAGACCUGGACCAGCUCCCACUGCCAAAACUCCACUCCAUCCAGAACCAGCUGCGCUCAGACCUCGAACUUAUCGACGGGGUAAUAUAUCAGCUUCAGUCAAAGAAAUGUAUAGUUUGCCAAAAGCAUGAUCGUUGCAUUGUACUGCAGCCUUGCCAACAUUAUGUACUUUGUGAAAACUGUGCACCUAGUAAAACAGAAUGUCCUUACUGUCAGACAAAAAUAUUGAAGUGGUGAUAUAAAGCUGUCUAAGGUACUAUUUAAAGAUCUAGCCCUUUGAAGAACUACUAAUACCUAUAAAGCUUACACUUUCUACAUAGCAUUUUUUUGUGUUUCAGUAUUUCAUAUAGUGAUUUAAAAUGCUAGUUCUUAGAAUCUAAUAAAUGGUGUUUGACUGAUCGAAAUAUAAAUCAAGUACUUAAAUGCAAUACAGGUUUUUAUACUAGAUACUAGGUCCUUUUUAUUAAGCAUUAAAAUAAAAUUCCCCCCUGGAGUAACGAUCUCUUGUAAUCCACUAGCCCUGAUUUGACUGUUAGUUACAGAAACAUCAGUCAGACAUCAUUACUGUGUGAAGAGAAAUGACUUCUUGUUUAAAGAGAAAAAAAAGCACUUUGUUAACCUGGAAAUUGUCAAAGGGUAUUUUAGAAAAAAAAUUAAUUUGCUUUAAGCUGCUUUUGUAGAGUUGUUUUUUUUUUUUAAUUAUUAUUAUUAUUAUUAUUAUUAUUUUUAGAUUAAUUUUUUUUCUCCCCUUCCCAGAUUACGCUAAUGUAUGAAGCUUUUUGUGUGUACUGUGAAACAUAUAGUAGACUUAUUUCACAUUUCUUAAAUCACAAUAUAGUAUAUAGUUAGUAUAAACAUACGAUAGUGCGAAACUGUAGUUACUACUUUUCAUUGUUACUUACAUUUUUACAAUCAAUAAGUGACAAUAUUGAAUGCAUUCUAGGCAUAACCAGCAGCUCGAAUAUCAGUAAGGCACAUACUGUAUGCUAAAGCAUUUAGUCUUUUAUUUUUAUUUUUUCCUCUCUCUGUCUUUUAGUGAUUAUUCAGUACUGCAUUAUGUAGUUGUAUAAGGAGCACAUGUUCUGAAGUCCUCAAAGAUGUGUUUGGGGACUUUCAGCCUUUCAGAUAUGUUUAUAUCUGACACUAGGCCACUCACUCUCAAGUGCCUUGCUUAUUCGAAUACUUCAGCGUUGGUGAGGAGUUUUAGGUUUGCGGCUAGUCAGUGCUUUAUGUAUUUCUCAUUACUCUUUCAGCGUAUAUAUGUAUACUGGCCCAGUUCAAGUGUUUCCUUUCUCAAAAGAUCGAAUCAUGUGUCCUUGCUUACGCUCGGGACAGUUAGCUUACUUUUUUUUGGUCCCCAUUCCUUCUCUAUGAGCAAUGGUGCUUUUUGGGUGCAGCUUCAGUAUAUCAUUAAAUAAAAAUGUCAAAUCAUCUUUGAUUUCAAUAUUUAGGAAUAUAUACGAAUCAGGAAAUAAACAUGUAUUUCUUUGAUUACAAAUUUAAAAAAGAAAAACUGGCUUUCUUUUUACGUUGUUUUGUAAUGUUUUGAAUUGUAGUGCUCUUUAGUGUUUACAGAUAAAAAAAAAAUCUAUGGUGUUUAACUUUAUUAUAUAAUUUUUUUUCUUUCCAAAUUUGAGAGUGUAAUGUGCUUUGGUUAAUCUAAUUGAAUGACCUACUACUGUGUUAGAUAGUUUUCUUUCUUUUUUUUUUUAGUGGUCCUUUAUUAUUACAGCAAUGAAACGGUGUAUUCAGUAGCCAGAUGCACGGGUUUCUUUGACCUUUGGGAUAAAUGGUUUACUUCUAAAGGGAUUGUGAUUUAUGAUAAACGCAGCCUGGACCUGCACAGGUUAUUUCCAAUUUAAAAGGAAAGUGUGUGUAUGAAUUUGUCCUUUUUUUUCUUUCUUUCUUUCUUUUCCCUCUUUCUCUUUUUCGGUGUUUAAUAUCAGGCGUGUUGCUCAAGAGCAGAUCAAUUGGCUUGAGAUGCCGUAGAGGAAAAAAAACAACAAUCGUCAUGUAUGUUAGUCAUGUUAACCUCUGAAACUUUAGAUCACAUUGCCAUAAGUGUGUGUGUGUGUGUGUGUGUGUGUGUGUUAGGCUGUCGAGCCCAGGUAUUGUGUAGGCAUGGCAGCCAGCAGCACCGAGGUAUUUCUUUACAAAAAUCUUUGAAGAAGGUGCCCUAGUGAGGUUAAAGGGGCGUGUCAUUUCUGAGCAGCUGACACAGAUCUGUGGUGUUAAGGAUCACACUUUAGUAUUGUGUCCAGUGUUCAACACUUUAAGAUUAUUUCAUUCGAAAUUUUUUUUGUUGUUGGAUGUUUGAUUAGGGAGUGUAUUUUCUCAUUAGGUUCCUGGACCACAGCAUAGAUUUUUAGAUUAAAAUGAAUGAAUAAAUAAAUAAAUGAUGCAAUUGCUGCAUCUGGAAUGUGGCAGGCUAUGUACAGGAAAAAAAAAAAAAAAAUCAGACGUCUAUUCAACCGAACCAAAGUGGUAUUGUAGUUUCCUUUUUUUUUUUUUUCUUUCCAUCCUUGAAACCUUCAGCUUGGUGAUGAUAAUAAUAAUUUCCGAUUAUCACAGCCUUUCGUUUUUAAUUAGACAAAAACUAUGCCAACUGCUUUUGCUGACGAUAUUAAUAGAUUUGUUUUGUUUGUAGUUUUACCAAAGACCUUUACUGUAUUUCUCCCCCCUUUUUAUUAUUUCUAUGGAAAUGUUUUCAGUUGGAUUAGAUUUGCGAUGAGCCGAAUGUUAUUUACACUGCUGUGUGGGUUUAAUGAUCUCCGGACGGACUCGGUGUAGAUGUAAAGGAUCUGUGUGGUUCUUUUUCAUUCCUGUAUUCGGAUGGAAUCUGUAGUGAAGGAAUCGCCAUAGACAUGAAUCAAAUUUCUGUUAAUAAUCUUACAUGGCCAUACGGAUUAGUGCUUAUUUAAAGUAUAUACAAUUUCUUUCUUUCCUUUUUUUUACGCUAAUAGUACUUUAUAGUAAAAUUAUUAAGCCAGUUUUGAAAUAUUAGUGAUUGUGCACUACUUGUAUGCUGUCAAAAACCUUGUAAAAGAGUGUGUUUGGACUGUAGGGUGCUUUCUUUAGUUUCCAUUUGACUGGUGUUUGUUCAACUUGUUUUAAAAGAAAAAUAAUUUUACUUAACAAUAACAACAACAAAAAAAGACAUGAUGCACGUUUUACAACAAAGUCUUAUUUAGGUUUGAAUUUAUUCUUGUACCGUGUCCAAAUUGUCAUGAUUUAUCAAGGUGUGUUAAUCUGAAGUGGGCUCUCGAGCUCUCCUAUACUGUAAUGGCUGAUGCAGACAGUAGGUUGUGUUGAUCAGAGGACUGUAGAGCUUAAAAUCCUGGCCUUGAAAUGCAUUUAAUUUGAUAUACCCUUUUUUUUUUUCUUUUCUUCUUCUUGCAUGUGGUAAAUGAUUAAAGACUCCUCGUUCUGUGUAUGUAGUAAUGUAUUGUAGAUGGUAAGAGUCUCUGUGUCCUGCACUAAAGCGAAAUUUGUGUAAAUCUCUCCUGAACAAAUGUGUGCCUUUGUAUAAAAAUCUAUUUGUAGUAUUUGAUUGAUCAAGUGUCUAUUUGUCAUAUAUAAAAAUGAGCCAAAUUGUUGUGCCUUGGGACAUUUCUCCAUGGAUUCCUCCACGUGAAGGCGUCCUGCUGUAGUUUUACACGUUUUGUUUUUAAUGGUAUUAAUGAUUACUCUCAUGCCUUCAUCCUUCAGGAAGGUGUGGCUCUAAGCUUCCUUCCCAGAUGAGUGUUGCAUACGGCUUGCACGAGCACUUAAAAGCAUGUCGUCAGUACGUACCAUGUAUUGCGUUAGAUUUAAAUCGAACUAUAAUCAAGUCAAGUACGACUCGCCUGAGCUGAAUCUAUGACUUUUGUAGGUCAGUACAUUGCUGCAUUUUUUCCCUGUAACUUUGUAUAUGGGUUUGAUUUGUGAAUGAAAGUGUAAACUAGAUUCCCAGUGACUUCACCCACAGUAUUCAUUUAAUUCUCCCUUAAUUUCACAGCCCAAUGUCUGUGUCAGCCAUCGAUUAGUAAUCAGUGUUGAAAUAAUAAUAAAGGAUUUCUGUUCAUGGUACACGGAAAUGAAUGGCCAGGCAACUGUUAUUAAAGAAAAGCACCAAGUAGAAAAGUUCUUUAGAACAAUGUAAAUUACCUGUAAUGGAGUUGUACCAUAACACACUGCAGUGGAAUAAUCUUUUCUCUUUUUUUUUGUGUGUGAAUUGUUUUCCUUAUUUUUUUUUUUUUGUUUGUUUGUUUGUUUAUUUUCUAUUAAUCUGAUUAUCGAACCUGAAGAUUUAUGCAAUCUUGUGUGUGUGUAUAUAUAUAUACAUAUGUCUGAAUCUGGAUAAAUUUACCAGUCUAGCUAGGAAAAUUUAAAAAAAGAAGUAAUACUUUAUUAUUAUAGACGUUGGUAGGAAACAGACAGAAAAAUAUAUAUAUAAAUAAAUAAAACCCAGGAUUGGAAUGUUCUGAUUGAUCUAAUGUUGAAACCCUGAAUAUUGAAUGUAAUUAAAUCUAAAGCCUACUCCAGUCCAGAGUUAAAAUGGGUGACUGGAGCGAACCCUGGACAGCAGUGGAUCGAUGAUGUAGCACUAGUUGUAUGAAUUGCGAUACAUGACAAAUAAAUUUUUAAGUUAAACACAA